UUGAAUACAGUUUAUAACAAUUUUUUGACCAGCAAUUACGAAUAAAUAUACAAAUUUAUCAAUUCUUACUGUAAUUAAAAUUUAUUCACUAAAUCGUAUCAAUAUGGAAGCUUGUAAAAUUAUUUUCUUGUGUGCUCUGGGAGCUGUCGCUUUGAUUUCAACUUCUUCAGCACAAUAUCAACUUACUCAGGAUCAAUACAAUAUGUUGAAGGCUCAGGUCGAUUGUGUUCUCGACAGAGGAGUUUGUGAUGAUGUUGGAAGAUUUGCAAAACAAAUUUUGCCAGAAUAUAUGGCCACCCGAAAAUGUUCAAUGUGUGAUGACGCGAUGAACGCCAGAUUAGGAAGAACAAUUGGCUUAAUGCAUGCGUAUUUCCCAAAUGAAUUAGUUGAAAUUCAGAAUAAAUACAGCAGCCCUAGAGCAAGAAAUCAAGAAGUUUCUCAAGAUAAACUUGAAGCCUUGAAAGCUCAAAUUGAUUGUGUUCUCGACAGAGGAGUAUGUAAUGAAAUGGGAGAGUUUGCAAAACGAAUUUUGCCAGAAUAUCUUCGUACCGGAGUAUGCUCACAGUGUGAUGAUGAGAUGAACGCUUUAGUAACAAAUACAAUGCAACUAAUGCACGUUUAUUUCCGAAAAGAAUUAGCUGAAAUCAAUAACAAAUACCUUGGCCAGUCAAAUUCACGCCGCCACUCAUAUCAUCAUUAAAUUUUCUCAGUGAUCUUACAAUAAAAAAAAAACAAUAUCAUUAACACAAAUUUUAUCUCUGCAAAAUGACGAAAUACAUUUAUUUAUAUAAAGGUAUAUGUAAAUUUAUAUAAAAAAAAAUUACAUAAACCACUUAAUACUACACUGGAAUGUUAGAAUAUUAAUAAAAUAACAGAUAAAAUAUAGUUUUUAAAAUUCAACCAAAAAUAAUUAGAUACCUAAAUACACAGAUGACUCAUCGACAAGGAAUUUUACGUUAUCAUAAAUAUAAUUUAGACAUUAAUAUGUAUAAUAACAAAUUUGUGAUGGAAAAGUUAUCAGUCUGAUUUAAUGAGUUGUAUUAAAAUUAAUUUUUCAUGUUUAAUAAAAUAUAAAAUAUAAUUGACCAAAAA